CAAUGGACUUCACCGGCAUCCCAGUGGACAAAGUGCUUGAAUUCUUCACCGAUCCCGAACAGAGGCGGAAGUGGAACAAGAAGUCGCCAACAUUCGAGGUUUUGGAAGAGAAGGAAGACUUCAAAGUCGUCUACACAGUAUUCAAGAUGCCAACCGCCUGCGAUGAUCGUGAUGUUGUCCAAUGCUGCGUAGUAAGAUCAGAUGAAGAACCCAUCCGCCAUACCAUCCUCUACAAGAGCUGCAAUCACCCGAGCAAACCACCCACCAGCAAGGGACACAUAAGGGCUGAUGUCGGUGUAAUGGGCAUUGUGAUCAGACCUAAGGAGGGCGAUGAGGUCGCGACCCACGUGACCUGGGUAGGUCAGGUCAAUCUCAAAGGAUGGAUGCCCAAGAUGAUGGUCAACAAGGUCACGGUCGGCUACCCAGUAUCGCUUUAUGACGACAUCAACACGUACUGGAAGAAGUUGACGGGGCAGGAUAAGAAGGAGAAGAAGGACGGCAAGGCAGAAGGUGAAGAGGAGAACAAAGAAGAGGAAGGAGAAGCCAAGCCCGAAGAGGAGGUACCUGCCGAGAACGGGGAAGCCGAACCGGAAAAGGCCGAGGAGAAGGCCGAGGAGAAAGCCGAAGAGACGAACGCCGAAGAAAAGAAGGAGGAAGCGGCAUCAGAGGACAAACCCGCCUCAGAUGAGAAACCCGCCGAAGAGGGCGCUGCCACUGAAACAGCAGAAUAGGAUUUCUUCAAGCAAGAAGGGAAAAUGAUUAGAGAGAGAGAAAGAGAAAGUUUUAUCAAAUUGGACAUUUUUUCAAACACAUACCCGAUGUUUGAUUUGUUUGCUUGGAGAGCGUUACUUGUUUAUUGAUGAUAUUUAAAUGAUGCGUUCUUACUUUUAACGUAUAUAGUUCUCUAUCACCGCUGUAUGAUGUAGUUAAGUUACGUUUCCCACAAGUAGAUAAGUGGCAAGAGAGAAUUACAUGCUUCUUGAUGUGAACGCAGAUUUCUCAUGUUCGUCGUGUGUAAACGCACACUUCGUCACCCCUCCCUUUGUUACGUCAAUACAGGGGGUUAAUUCUUGAUUCUUUUGUCCAUUGCACACUGGGCGUCAUUUCGUUUGCGUCAGUCGAACCUGCAAUGGCAAUUAGCUCAUACGCCAGGAACUAAACGCAACGUUUGCGCUGUUCACUUUCCAUGCACAUGCUGUAAGCUAGCGCCCUCACACGGUGCGUCAAAAACCACGGUAAUCGCUGACGCAACCUUGCGUCAUCAAAGAGACAACUCGUGUGCAUCGGGCGUUAGACUCGUAAUAGACGAAUAUAUUGAUUUUGACACGAUCAUGAAGCAAAUUGCCUAAACUACGCUAAUGACAAAUGGAAAGAGAAUAAUGCCAUACCAUUUUGCUGUUUGUGAAUGGGAAAUCGUCAGAUCUUUCUGUAGAUAAUACAAAUUUUAAAAAAAUUGGUUGUUGAUAAAGUUCAGUUUGCCUGGCUUUAAUUCUUUUCUUCCAAUUUUCUGUGAGUUAUUACAACAAAGACUAGGCCUAUAUCCAUUUUCCUAAGUAGGAUACUAAACAUAAAACACAAAAAGGAGAAAUAGAUAGCUUUACAAAGGUUUUCAUAGACUUGUGAUAAACGUGGAGAAAAAAGCAUUAGUCAGAAUGUUUGGAGUUUUUACAGUGAGAUUAUUCUGCUAGAAAGUGAUCGUUUUUGUAAUUUUUUUUUUCAUUAACGACAGGAAUGGUGCCUUGUGUUUGGUUUACAAUGGUAAGGGUAAAACCAAAAUGUGUUUCUCUCAUUUUACGGCUUCCGGUGUACAUAUUCUUUUAUUCACUUUUUUUAAUCUUCUUUUUGUUUGACAAAUAUAUUCAAACAUAUAAACAUUGAAAUUAGGAGGUUUAGGGAGAAUAUACGUAUGAUAUCGAACGUAAUAUUAACUAGUCGUGGUAUUUUCUAGCAUACUAAGCAAAGAGAAUUGUUAAUAACUGUUAAGAUUGUCAUAAUGUUAGACUAAACGUCAUUUUUACCAAGCAGAAGUCUGUUAAUUGAUGUACAUUUACCACAUAAAUCAUAUUUAUGACACCCAGUAUAGGCCUACUUAUCAUUAUAAUUAUACCCGACUACUUUUUCAAGUAACAUCACGACUGGUGCUAAAAAUUUACGUUUAGAUUUUUAUGACAGUAUAACAAGAGAAUAUAACCAGAGUUUCCCCGCAAAUAGCAGACACCCCCCCCCCCCCCCCCCCCCGCUUAUUAGCAAAGAAGGGCAUCUUUUCGAUAUUUUUUAAUGAAACGGCGAUAUCAUUGUUUUCGAGCCAUUUUGUGAAGGAAAAAAAAUCGUAGUUUAAUCAGCCAGAAACAACCCUCAAACCUGAGAAAUGUUAUUCUAUCAUUCUCCAAAAAAAGAGAUUCUCCUUGAUUUUGCCUUACAAACAUGACAUUAUCGGGACAAACAUGGCGCCAAAUUUAUUUCUAUUUUCUACGAACUAUAUAAGCUAUAUCAAACAUAAGUAGCAAGCAUAAUAUAUAAAAUCCUACUGUGUACACAAAUUUGGUUAUUCAUUCUGCAUAUUGAGAACGAAACAUCUGCAAUAGAUAGCAUUUUGCAUGUACAAACUAUGUGAAGUACUACAAAUCAUUAGGGCUAGUAAUAACGUAAAGUUAACCAUCCUAUGAAAGCAAAGCCAUGAUGAGGCAUGUAUUGGGUUGAUUAAUGGUAUCCUGUAUAGGGACCACUUUUUUAAUAAACAACAACAGCAUUCUCAGUGUUACUCAAGACGACCGCUGUACAUUCCGUUUCAUAUGUGAGCAAAAAUCAGAAAUUGUCAACAAAGUUGUCAUCAGAUGAUCAGACCUAAUAUUACUAUAAUUAUAGAAUGUUAUUCUAAUACGCAUUAGGUGGUCAGAACAUAGAGAAAGACAGAAGAAGAAAACCAAACUGCUAUGCAUAUGAAAGUACCAUGUUGCCACGCAAGUUGCUUCCGUUGUUUUAAGCGUCUCAUAUUGUGUUUUAUGUUUAUAUUUUACUUUUUAUACCUAUCACCGUACUUCCGUCUUCGAUUUCAUUUUUAUUUCCGUUUUUUAUUUUUAUUUUUUCAUAACCGUAUUAAUGACCAAAGCUUGCCAUAACGAGGGUCUAAAGAGUACUGAAGUGCUAACGCCAUGUUCGCGCAAUUUGUCGUCGAUGAAUGGUUCCAAACAACAGAGCCUGCGCAUGAGGUUCACUGCGAAAUCAUCCAAGCAACGGACUGGAGCAAGGCAAAUUCAGUGUUUGGUGAUCGCCGCCACGUUGUUCAGCGCAAAAUUGUUUGGACCCAGCAUGCAACCUUGACAGCUUGGCUAUUAUGACGUCACACUUUGGUACUCUCUAUCGUUUAGGAAUAGCGAUGUAACAUUCAGCACGGCCUCAAGUGUUAAGUUCCGUUACGAUUAGAAUUCGCAUUCGGUAUAUCAACAUUAAUCGUUGUUAAAACGGUGUAUGUUAAAAGUGCUUUAUGUUUUGUGUAAGGGCAUAUUCUUCUGUGGAUAUUCUUACAUGUAGUUUGUAUUUUGCUUUUUUUUGCAUGCAACCUGAUUGAUAUGUGUAUAUACCUUCACCCGACUUAUCGCUUAUUUAUACCGAACGGAUAUGAAUAAUGUAACUACUAACUUUAAUGUCGUUUGAAUGUGAGUGAGCUCGUGAUGGAUCAUGGGUAAUGUGAAUGGGCAUUUGAGUGUGAACGUGGGCGAGAGAGGGCUGGAGGAAAGUAUUAUUUAAUAUUGCAUUGGUAUAAAUGUUAGAUAAUGUAUAAUUUUUCUAAAGGGUCUAAGGUUAGAAAUGUCUUUGUAGCGGUUUAACAGCUGUCGAGUUAACUGAUGACCAAGUAAUUAAUUCAAAGUUCAGCAAUUGCAUGUAUAACAGUGACUGACAUAUUAUAAAAUAAGGUAACAGUUGUAAUUUAAGAUGAGAUUGGAAUUAUCUUUGAACGUUAUUAAAACCAUUUAAAAUCAGGAAAAUACCAGUUCAUGAUGUUACCAAGACGUAUUUCCCGGCGUAUCAAUAUCAACAACACACUUCUAUUUGAAGGUAAUUUAUUAUUCAUGACAGUGAUCUAUCAGCAUGUGUGAUACUAGGAAAGAAGUAGAAUGAUGUGUGGCUCUAGUUGAGCCAUUAAUGAGAUUUCCAAUGGCUGCACAUUUUACAGAAUGGAACUAAAUGUGUCGUUUAUUUUGUCACCAUUCUUGCAAUUAAGUUUAACUUUUAGAAACUUUCGUUUAUUACGUUCUUGCUUUUGUUCUGUAUUAUUACAAGUCUUAUUUUAAUAGCACUAAAGAUAUAUCUAUAUAUAGACGCAAGAUAAAGCAUUUGAGACACGUGAUAACAAAAAGAAAAAGAGUUGAGUUACAUAAAGGCUUUAAUGCCACAUGGUUGUUACUCCUCACCAGCGCUAAAAGGGGUUAUCUCCAAUUAAGCCUGAUUUGGGGGAAAAAAGCUAGCUCACAAGGCUGUGCAUCACCAUGCAGCCUGCAGCGUGGUGUGAAUAAUGACCAGUGGCAUUAGAAUCCUUUUGCAACUGCAAUUCUUAUUUAUUAAUUGACUAAUGCUGUGUAACGAUGUACAUAAAUGUAUCAUAUGAUGUGCUGGACUGCCAUAGUGUACCGUGGUAAAGUUAGUGUUGUAUGUGGUAGUCUCUAGUAGUCGCUAUCUAGAUGUAGUCGUUAGGAAAUGCUAUUUAACCCUUUCCUUGCCGGAGACCAACUAACGACAAGGAUAGGUUUACACAGUAUAUAGCUUGCUUACUUACAGUACAUUGCAAUAUAGUCAGUAUGUAUCAUUUGACUUUAAUUUUUAAAAGACCAACAUCGUUGUGAUAUAUAAAUAUAUAUAUUACAAAAAGAAACCAAGUUAUACAUUAAGGAAUAUGUAUGUAUAUUGUUCAUAAACAUUUCAUGUCGAUUUUUUUUUGUUCUGCCUGAAAACGUUUCACUGUUGAUAUAUGGACUUCUUUUCUCACUUCAUCUGUAUUUACCAUUGAGUCUUAUCGCGCACUUUUGACGAAAGAAAAAUUGGAGAAAAAUUGAAAAAAAAUUAAAGAGGUAUACUAUAGUGAAUAGGUUGUAUGUUAGCUGUGUAUUAUCGCUAGGAUGUAGAGAGUUGUUACAGAUAUCAAUUAGCCGUUUUCUAUUGCCUAUAAACAAAGGGUUACUGGAAAAGAACUGGAUUAUAAAUACUGAAUUUAUAUUAUCGUGCAACACGUAAUGUUAACUUAUAACAAAACGAGACAAAACCCGUCUGCUAACUCACUCAUUGUUGUUACUAAUGCUAUGGUGGUCUGCCAGAAGGGCCAAACUUAAAGUAUUGUGAUGUUUGUUUUAAAUAGUGAAGCAAUGUCAAUUAAAAAAUUCCUAUGUUAAAAAAUAA